AUGGACAAAUACAACCUUGACUUCCUGCCCCCGGCAGCGAGGCCAAUCGUCAAGCCAUGUUUACCCUUCAUUCUGGGAGGCGCGUCGGGAUGCCUAGCGACCGUCUGCAUACAGCCGAUAGAUAUGGUCAAGGUCAGGAUCCAGCUCGCGGCGUCUGCGGGGCAGACUAAGAUAUCCCCCGUCGCGCUUUUCGGGCAAAUCGUCAAGAACGAGGGUCUGAAGUCCAUGUACAAGGGGUUGGAUGCGGCCUGUGCGCGUCAGAUACUCUACACGACGACGAGGCUCGGGCUCUUCCGUACCAUCAGCGACAAGCUCAAGGAAAAGCAGGGGAAGGACACCCUCCCCUUCUCCCAGAAGUGCGCCGUCGGCCUAUUUAGUGGCGCGGUGGGCGCCUUCAUCGGGAACCCGGCCGACCUGGCGCUGGUCAGGAUGCAGUCGAACCAAUCGCUACCGCUGGCGCAGCGGAAAAACUACAGCGGCAUUUUGAGCACCGUAUGCCACAUCACCAAGAACGAGGGCGUCACCAGCUUGUGGAAGGGGUCAACGCCCACGAUCGUCAGGGCGAUGGCGCUCAACGUGGCCAUGCUCGCAACCUACGACCAGGCGAAGGAGGGGCUCAGCCCGUACAUAAAGAGCAAGUCGAUGCUCAGCGUGGUCAGCAGCGGCAUCAGCGCCUACUUCGCAGUCCUCGCGAGCUUGCCGUUCGACUACGUGAAGACGUGUCUGCAGAAGCAAAAUAGCGGCGGCCCGCAGUACAAGGGCGUCACCGACUGCUUCAUCAAAACGUACAAGCAGGGAGGGAUCAGACUGUUUUACGCCUCAUACAGCGCGUUCUACAUGAGAAUCGCACCCCACAUCAUCAUCACGCUUCUUCUGAGGGAGUACUUCGAGCACCUGCUGCUGAGGAAACCGUGA